CCUCCACUCCCAAGGUGUGUCCGGCAUCGCAUCCACCGAAACGCUACGCCGAUCUUGUGCCGAUUUCGCGCAACUCCACCAAGGAACCGAGGAGAAGAAGCGCUAUAGCUUCUGUCAACCGAGACGCGUCGUCUGCGGCAACCAAACAGAACAACCCAACCAAACACGAGCAAACAAAGUCGUCAACAAUGGGGAUUAUUCGCAAAACCCUGGUCGCGGGCACAGUGACCGCAGCAGCUACCCUGGGCUACAUCGGCAGCGCCACCACCCUCACGAGACCACUCCCCGUCAACGAUAGCGUGUUCAGCUCAAAGCUCUACAAGAAGUACAACAUCCACCGAAACCCGCCGACCCAGGAUGUCGUGACGAAGCGCGUGCCCCUAGACAAGAUCCGUCCAGAGUUGUUGGAGAAGGAAGGCGACAUCGUACUCGAGUUUUGCCGCGGUGUUUGGACUAGCCCUGCCUACGAAAUCCAGCGUCGAUACCUAGCGCGUAAAUACCACAACGCCUCUACCUCGACCGAUCAAGACCUCUGGUCCAAGGAGCAGCUGUCGGCCUCGACGUACGAGCCGGGAACUAUCAUAACGGAUCACUUCCAGGUCCUUGAGAAGACGCCGACGUCCAUCACGGUGCGGUGCGGAGACUCGCCGCGCAACCAGGGCCCGCGCGACUCGGACGGCCUCUUCACCUUCUCGGCGGUGGUGGACAGGGAACGCGGAGAGGUCGAGCUGGGGCUCAAGAGUACCCUCUUCCCCAGUUCGAGGAAGCUAGAGGGCGACGAGGCAAAGCCUCCCAUGCCGCCCUGGAUGGAUGACCUACACACGUGGUACGCGAGGUUUUGGAUGAUUUCUGGGUACCGCAGGUUAUUGAAGUAG